AUGAUGCAGGUUUCGUCUAAAUUAAAGAUAGUUCUGAUUGACAUAUCCUUACCUCUCUCCUUUGUUAGGAGAUACAAUGUUGAUAGAAAAGUCAUUUUUAAAAGAGAAAUGGCUUCAAGUCUUUCGAAUUUUGAAGAAUCACUUUUAAAACUGAAAAGAGUCUACAGAAAACUAGAGGAGGUUACAGUCCGUUUUGGUGAAGGCGUGAAAUAUGCAUACAUAAAAAAUAAAGGGAAAACAUACGAGAAGAUUUAUAAAAAGGGAAUCACGGGAUGGAUCCCAACGGACUGGAAGCCGGAGCCUGAGGUGGUGAGGAAACCUCUGGAGCCAGAACUACAGGCCUGGGCGACACACAUGCACUCGCUGUGGCUGCUGCUGGGGAGGGAGACCGCAGAAGACAUCGCCCUAGACCACUCCAUCAUCCCCCUCCCUAGAGGGUUCAUUGUGUCCUCCCCAAAUCAUCACGAAAUAAAUUAUUGGGAUUCAUACUGGAUUGUCAAAGGCCUUUUGGCAAGUGAAAUGCAUCAAACAGCGGCAGGUAUCAUCGAAAAUUUGUGCCAUCUGAUUGAAAAGUUUGGGUAUGUUCCGAAAGCUGGAAGAUACUAUUUCCGAGGUCGGAGUAGUCCACCAUUACUUGCUGCCAUGUUGGAUUCGUACCUUGCAGCGACACAAGAUAUGGAUUUCAUAAAAUCAAAAAUCAAAUUUGUCGAAGAAGAAUUGAAAUACUGGAGGGAAAAAAGAACAGUAGUAUUGAGAAAGGAAAAUUAUGAGCACGUACUCUACCUCUACCAUGCUGAAAGCGUGUUUCCUAGAGUUGAAAGUUAUGUGGAUGACAACAUGAUGCUAAAGUGGAUUGAUCCAAAGGAGCAUAGUGAAUAUCUGAUGGCCUUGAACAGUUCUUGUGAGUCGGCUUGGCCCAUAUCUUCUCGCUGGUGUAACGAUGAGAGUAUAUCAAAGGGAAACCUGAUGCCUUCCAAUACACAUCACAUUGUCCCGGUAGAUCUUAAUGCAUACAUUCAUAAUGCCUACAACCUACUAAGGAAAUGGUUCAGAAAACUCGGAAACCAGCCUAAAGCAAAUCAUUAUAAAAUACUGUCCAAGGAUCUCCUCGUCUCUAUUGAAAUGGUUUUGUGGAAUGAAGAAGAACAAGUUUGGUUAGAUUAUGAUUUAGAACACGAGAAAUCGAGGAAAUACUUUCACAUAUCCAAUCUGGCUCCUUUGUGGUCAAGAUCAUAUUCAAAAGGGAAGGUUCAGAUGACAAAAGCUGUACUGGAAUAUAUUUAUUCUAACAAAAUUGACCAAUAUAAAGGUGGAGUUCCUGUAACGAAAAGACAAACUGGUGCACCUUGGGACUUUCCGAAUAGCAACCCAGGACUUCAUGCCUUACUCGCUGAUGGCCUCAGGGAACUAGGGACUCCAGGUGGAAAGUCCGAGGCAGUGGUUUUUGCUCAGAAACUCCUCAGAUCUAUAUAUACUGGGUAUUUGGAUAACGGUGUCGUUUAUGAAAUGUACAAUUGUCUUGACCUUGGGUUGCCUGGAAACAUCACAAACAGAAAUGGCAUUUAUGGACCAACAAUCGGGGUGACAUUGUAUCUCCUUGACCGAUGGUAUAAGGUCAUCAGGUUCCACGAUGAAUGUUGUAAGUAGA